AUGAGCAAACCCAAAGCGAAAGCUGCUCAGACGCAUCAAACUGGGAUAUACAAGUCAGACUCGGUCAGAGACGUCGCCGAGUCGCUGGGCAUCGCCAACCUAUCAGAGACAGUAGCUUCCUCCCUCGCUAGUGAUGUCGAAUAUCGCAUUCAUCAAGGUCAUAGAGCUUCGCGGUUUAUGCGCCAUGCCCGACGAACCACGAUAACGACUUCAGACAUUGACCAAGCCCUUCGAGUUCUGAACAUCGAACCCCUUUAUGGUCACAAUCCACAUAAUCCCCCAGCAUUCAGACGCGCUUUGCCGUUUCCGAAUGCGGCUAAUGUUGGCCCUGUCUACUUUGUGGAUGACGAAGAGAUCGAUUUCGACCGCGUACUUCGAGAGGAGAAAAUCACCCUGCCAAAAGGUGUUAGCUGGACCGCUCACUGGCUUGCAGUCGAAGGCGUUCAGCCUCUUAUUCCAGAAAACCCGCCGGCAAUACCGAAGGAUGUCGAUCAAGAAAUUACCAAGUCGCCACCCCAAGCAAACGGCGCAUUCCCAAUGACCCCGCCGUCAGAAAGUCGCGUCAAGAAGCAGCAACAGCAGCAGCAACAGCUCGUAAAACAAGUGUUGUCACGGGAGCUACAACUGUAUUACACGCGUCUCACGGCGUCAUUAUUACCGCCUACUGCUGAUUCUGCCAAACGGACAGCAGCCCUUGCAAGCUUGCGCAAUGAUGCAGGACUACAGGCGCUCUUACCUUACCUUAUUCGCUGGGUUGGAGAGGGUGUUGUGACUGCGCUAAAAGAGGGCGCUCAGACUGAAGCGGAUGGUCGGUCGUUGGAAGUUUUAUUGGACGUCGUUAGCGCCAUUCUCGAGAACAAUACGCUGUUCAUUGAGCCUUAUCUCCACCAAUUAUUACCAGCUAUCCUUUCAACUCUUCUCCAUUCCACCCUUCCGCCAUCGCAUGCCACCCACUUGCGCACGUCUGCUGCUCAGACGCUCUCCCGUUUGCUUACGCAACAUUCUACAACGUAUCCAUCCCUCUCACCACGGAUUAUGAAAACACUUCUUGUUGCUCUCAUAUCGUCAGACAAAUCCAAGGGCACGCGGGAAGGUGCCAUCCGCGGUCUGGUGGGAAUUGGAAAGGAGGCGGUAAGGAAAGGGCUCGUGGAGGGUGGCGGUGUCAAAGUUGUGGCAAGUGAAUGCACGCCAGGGGAGACCGGCCCUCUCGUCGAUUCCGUUAUGACCGCUUUGCAUGUUCUGCAUCCUCCGUCGGACAUGCCCGAGUCGUUGUAUACAGAGGACGAGGGUGAUGCUAUGAUUAUGGGGCAGUUACAAGAAGUUUUAGGUAGCUUCUUUGCCGAGAAGCUGUAUGGUGACAAGGGUUGGGCAUUGGGCAUUCUGGGUAGCAUAAAACAGCAAAGUUGACUCUAAUGGUUCUAUGUCUAUUGCCAAUUUAUCCUGCUGUGCGCUAUAAACAAUAUAUGGUCAAUAACUGAUGGGGAGGUGUAGAUCAUCGGCUAUUGCUCUAGCUCAGGGGCUCAUAAAACCAUGGACCGCCCAUUCAUAGACCCCGAGGAAAACAGCUCCUCCAGCAGAUAUCCACAUCGUCCUCGGUACUACACCUGCAAAAAGAACCUUUCCGCCUUCUUGUACGUAGAUUUGCCGAAGCCGUGUGGUAAUACUUGGCACUUGCUGCUUGGAAGGGUCCUGAAUACGUCUUAGGAAUAUCAUCAAUACUCAUAACAGAGACCUACUCUAAGAUCGAGCAUGACGCGUGUCUUAAGAACGUCGAGUGGAGUUGUCAGCGCAGCUGCAGUCCCCCCGGCUAUGCUUCCACAGACAGCAGCCUCGUGUGCAUAUAGGG